AUGUCGGGGAUGAUGGCAAUGGCGCUUCUCUCCGUGUGCGUGUCUCUGUCGCUGUGCGUCGUGCCUUUCCUGGCGCGUAUCACAGUCUUCCCGUUGCUCACAGGGCUCGUACACAAGUUUACAGCCGCCUAUUUGACUGACAGUAUUCAGAUUGAGUAUUCCUUUGGCUCUUUUGAAGUGCGUGGACGACGCGGUACUGGAGCAGCUUUGGAGAUGCUGCGUGGCAUUACUAUCUCGCUCUUCUUUGUGACACUGCAGAAUGAAUUUCUCAAGACGUUGGCCUUUGCUAAACAAGGACUUGCUCCGGUUGAGCUCAAGCACGUGAGCAUUGAGAAGAUGGUGAUCUAUCUGGCGACGACGUGGAAGGUGGUAAUCAAGGUAGAAGGCGUGACUGUGGAUAGCCAGAUGAUCGAUCCUAACGUAGAAGGCGUGUUUGACUUGCAAGACGCAGUGGCUAUGAAGGUCAAUGAAGCGACCAAUUGGAUUACUCAACUCGUUGAAAUACGCACCAAAACGAACCUAAGAGAGAAACAGGAGAAGGAGCAAACGGCGCGUACUCUUGGAGUCACAUCGCCGAAAGCUUUUGCCUUUAAAGAUCGUGUAUUACAGCAGAUUGCGGCCCAGGUGGACGUCCAUGUGAGGAAUGUGAGAAUUGCUAUUACGGGGCUGACACCAGGAGCUACUGCUGUUGAUGGCCACGAUGGUGAGGCUGAGGAAAUGGACGAUGAAGACGCAGACGUAGCCACGACGAGCUCCAUUCCCGAGGCCUUGAAGCCAACACGUGUGAUCUUUGUUAUGAAGUCGUAUGACUUGCUGUCGGAUGUAUUGCAUGACAGUGCAGAGGAACCUUUACAACUUGUGUUGACGUCGGAGGAGAUCCUGGUGGAACACGCUAUGAACAUUAAGGGUGUGAACAUUUGUGCUGCUACUGUGAACGAUGACGAUGACAAGUCUAUGCCGGAGCAAAGGGAAGACUUGCUGAAAGAUAAGAAAGGAUUCCGUCCAGGUGAAAUGCCACUGCUGUCUUUCCAGAGUAUCGACCUUAAGCUCCAUGUGCCGCCCAUGCCACGAUUGCUGGGCAUCGUGGAGGACAUUGCUCCUAUUCCGGUGAAGAACCGUGUGGCACAAGUAGAAUUGGUGUCGUCGUCGAUCAGCAACAUUACAGUUACGCGUGAGCUGACGGUUGGCGUGCUGCGCGAUCUGUUUGUUCCAUACAUGGAUCACCAGGUUCUGGUGCAGUCGGUGCGUGCGUUAGCCCACGAUGAGACUGUCCGAAAGCCGAUCUCAAAAGAGGACGAAACAUUUUACGUGGAUAAUUACGACCAAGUGGAUGGCAACAGUUCACUGUCGGCUCAAGAUAAAAAGGAGCGCAAUGACAAGCUUCGCGCACUGGAAGCUGUCAUGUCGCUAAACAAAAUUCUUGAGCUGCGCAGUCGAUCCACUGGAUUGGCCAAGUAUUAUCGUCCUGAUCAAGAUGAGCUUUCUCUAGCAGAUUACAUUGCAAUUGUGCAAAAAAAUGCUGCCAAGACGAGCAACGUUAUGUUUAGAGCGUUGCAGAUCACAUUACGUUGGGACAACAUGAGUAUUGCGUUUGUUGAACGGGGCCAUCAGAUUUCUGAGUUGGUGGUGGUCGGCUUCGGCGUCAAUGCGCGCUCAUUCACAAUUGCAGAAGGCGAUGAGAAGCAAAAGCUAGACGUGGAUAUGGUAUUGGGCCAGACAACAUUCACGGUUAACGUUGGGUCGUCGGCUUUGAAUCCUGUUUCUCCGACAGUAAAGCUAAUGUUUGCGGACUUCAGCAAGGUAGCUGCAGAGACUGACGCAAUGACACCGCCACAGAUGCUCACAGCCAAUGUAAGCCAAUUUGAAAGUGGUAAGCAAAAUGUGCGUGCUGCUGUGAACAACGUGAAGUUGGUGCUCUCAGUGAAUGCACUGGAGCGUUUUCUGCUGUACGUAGAUCGACUGAGCACAAAGGCUACUCAAGUACUGUCAACAGCGCGGCCACCUUUGAUUCCAGUUGUUCACUCCGAGUCAUCGCCUACCCCGGUGCAGGUUGCUAAAAGCGAGAUGGAAACGGUGAGAAAAGAGGUAUCGAUGUCUCCGUUUAGCUUGCUUGGUGGUAUGCUGCUAAACCUCAACGUAAACGUAAACGACUGUCACGUUGUCCUGCUGCCCACUCACUCUUAUUCAAAGUCACUAUUCACGGAUAUUAAUGUGGAGACUUGGCAAAGCAAUUACGUAGUAGAUUGCCGCGUGGAUAUGCCAGCCACGUUGAGUAUUCAUCUCGAAAGCUCAAAAGUGAAGGAAGUGAUGGAGUUUAACGUUCAAAGCGUCAGUAUUGGUGCGCAAUACGUUGAUGGUGCUAAGGAUGUGGAAACCAUUUUGGCUCCAACAAGUAUCGCGAUUCAGCUCGUACUAGAACAAGACACCACGGACUCCUUGAUUUGCCACCAGAGUGUAAUGAUGCACAUGCCAGAUAUCUUGGUUGCUGGGUCGGACCUCAGUUUGUCUCUGUUGGCGUCCUGUGGCGAGGCUCUCGGUAACAUGCAGACCACAACGCCUGACCAAGCCCAACUUCGCCUCGAAAGUCGUAUAAAGCAAGAAGAAAUUCGGCGCCAGGCGGAAGUUGAUACAGUCCUCGAUCGCUUGCACCGACUUUUCGACGAAAUUGAUGAAAACGGAAACGGCCGUAUUGAGCUUGGAGAGCUUCUUCUCUUACUGCGCCGGGUCAAGGUUGGUGACUCGUUGCUAGAAAGUGAAUUGGAGUACUUCGUUCGUGAGCUCUUCAAGGAGAUUGACCGGGAUGGCAACGGCUUUCUAGAGUUUCAAGAGCUGCGAGCAUUCUUGCGCGAUGAUCUGUUGUCAGACGAAGCUACUGAAGUUUCUGUUUCGACGUCAGGAAACGGCAGCAAUGCUCUUAGCGGCUUCCUCAACCUGCGAGGAAAUGAAUACCAUUCGUUCGAAGUUCUUAACAAGUUGUGCGAGACAAAGAUAACGUUCUCCGAGCAACUCGCCGAGUGGAUCAAACGUCCUGCGUUCGAGGGGCGAUUCUGGGAACUAUUUGAGAGCGAAGCUCGCGUUAAGAACCGCUCGGUUGGCGAUCAAGACCCGCUGGAUCUACAGAAAAAGUUGGUGCGUCUACUAAAGAACUAUGACGCCGCGAAUCUGAUCUGGGAUGCAUUGGUAUUGCCUACGAUAGAAGACAAUUGCUCGGACCGUGAUUUAUAUGAGUGGCUAUUGCAGCCGUUCACGCGCUGUGGAGGCAUCAGCGAGUACCAGAGUGCAGCAAAAAUUAUUGCGAUGAAAAAACGUGAAGGUAUUUUCAGUGCAGCUUUUGAGGAAGCAGAAAAUUUAGUGAGCAAGCUUACGCAGAACACAAAUCUGGUGAAAAAGGAGCUGCAGUUAAGAACAGAUGUCAAACUGGGGAACCUGCGAUUUGUUCUUACAGAUGCGGAUCUGCCUGCUCGCUUCUGCCGUGGCAAUUUUGUCAUCAAGGAUGUAAAAAUGUCGAUGGAGUUGACUGGCAAAGAAAUCGACGAAAUCGGCCCCGUAGAUUGGGUCAGCUUGGCUACGUCUAGUAACGCCGACUGGACGUUGUUGUUUGGCUUCAAGAUGUCGUCGUCUUGCCAUAGCGAAUAUGCUAACGACAUGGAAAAUAUUGUCGAGCCAUGGGAAGUGGUUGCCGGCCUGUCUUCGGGUGCUGGCGAGAACGGUUUUUCUGUUUUGAUAGAGGCAGCCAAGCGAUUCCAAAUAAAUGUAACUCCAAGUGUCCUGAAGACCUAUCGUGCUCUGAUGGACGCCCUUGACGGAGAGGCCCAGCAGAAUGGUCUGCAGAAGCAUCUGGAUAGCUACCAACUUUCUUUGGCCGCAAAAAAGCAGAAAGAAACCGAUUGCCUUGUGCAGAACUUUACUGGAUGCAAGGUCUUUUUGAAACUGAACGGCAGCCACGAGACAAUCACGAUCGAAGCGCAUAAUCGUGCUCACAUUGCAAAUGGAGCUUUGAAAGAUGGUGAGGCUACACUAGACUCACUUGAAAUUGAUCAGUGGGGUACUAGCAAGAAUUCGGUGAAGUUGCCAUCCUUUGGCAAUGUAAGCGUUGGUGUGAGUACGGCAGAAGCCGUGUCAUCUACUCUCUUUGUCACCGUGUUUUCACGAUUGGAAAACCCACGACACCAACUUAUUGUUCUUAGAUCGAACACGUACUUCUGCAACCACAGCUCGGAGUGCUACGAGGUAAAGUACUUGAGCCUAGGAAAUGAAGACAGAGUGGCGGUGGAAUCUCCCGUCAUUAAGUUGCGGCCUAAUGAGCGGAUUUCGUUGCCGCUCUCGCUGUUAAUGGGAAUUACGGAGUUUUACGCGCGUCCUGAAGGUUACGAACACUGGAUUGUGAAGACUGUACUGAACAAUGACGUGGUAACAUCCACUACGGCAAUCAAAGAGCUCGAUGACCACGAAGCUGAAAAAGAAGCGAAAAUGAAGCAGCGCCGAGGCGGGACUAUCGUGUUUGGCCAAACCGAGGAAACUUGCACAAAGAUGAUAAAGCGCCUAACCUCGAAUGUGAUCGUGCGUCGUUGGUACUUACGUUCGCAUUUUGAAUGGGAAGUAGCGUUGCUUCCUCCGUUUGUGGUGCGCAAUUCUCUGCCCUAUGCGAUGGAAUAUCGAUUUGUCGAGUACAAGUCGAGUUCAUCGAGGGACAUGAAGACUGCUUUCGCCAAGGUAGAUACACUUUUACGGUGCGAGACUACACCUGAGCCAUCCGAUGGUGUAUUCAGUGGCAUGGUGGAAUCAGGUCACGAUACUGAAGUGUCCGGUGUUUCUGGAGGGUACCCGGGAUAUCUGUCUAUUCGAUUGGUUGCCCAAAAGCAAAGCACAGGCAAAGAUGUGGCAUCGGCAUGGUCGAAACCGCUGCUGAUGAUGAUCCAUAAGGGACUCGAGCAGUUUACGACACUGCAAGAAAGUGUCGAAGUCGACAUUGGUCUCAAGUUCAACAUCGACCGAAUAACACUUCCUAGUUACCCUCGGCUCGUACGCUUUUCGAGCCCUUACUGGAUCGUGGACAAUACAUCGAUUGCAUUUGACUACGCGUCUACUGAGUCUGGCGCAAAGCGGAGCUCAUUUAAGGCCGUGAGUGUGUGUGCACCGUUCAAUUACCCUAUCAUGACAUCGCUGCCACAUGAUCGUCUGAGCUUGAAACCGCUUGCAAAUCUCAACCGCCGCCCAAAGGCAUGGGAAGCGCUCGGCAAUAUGCCGGAUACAGCGUUUAAGGCUUCAGCAAUCUCGGAGCAUGCAAUAAAGAACGCGCAGUGGUCGGAACCGAUUAACACGACAGCCAUUAACACUAUGGGUGAGAUCGUGUGUGGUCCAAGCGUUUUUAGCUUGAAAAUGGAAGGUCUUUACGGUCUUUUUGAGCCAGGUAUCUCGCUUACAUUGAGCCCCCGAUAUUUCGUUCAAAACCGCUUGAACCAAAAGCUGUACAUUCAGAGCUUUGCCUCUCACGAUCAUGAUCCGCAGAAAGUAGACGAUAUGUUUCACAAGCGAAGUGUAAAUGAUGUGAAGCAGCUGCAUAUGGCGCUGGAGGACGGUCAGACUACACCACUGUAUCAUUUCGGGUCCUUGAAGAAGGGCGAGUCUGGGGUACAAAGUCAGCGCUACGUGUCGUUUUCAUUCUCGGAAGAAUGGGGCACCGACACCGACAAGAAAAACUGGUCGUUUGCCAUUCCGAUCAACACAGCCGGAGAUGUCUACCUACAAGUCUAUUCAUCUGUGCGCCAGCGUCAUCUUAUUUGCCAAGCGAGUGUGCAAGUGGUGGACAUGUACGUCUAUGUAGUUCUGACGGAUGUGUCUUGCGCACCACCGUACCGGAUUGAGAAUUACACUCCGUUUACAGUAGAUUACGCUCAAUUGGGCGAGUCAUCUAUUUUCAGCAGGGGGCAAAAGCAAACGGCUGCUACGAUUAAACCCGGCGCGUGGCAUGCUUUCGCCUGGUUUAAUCCUUUGUCGAAGGACCGCCACGUCGAGCUCCGUCUUUCACAUGUAGACGCUCCUAAGGCACAGACGAAAAAAUAUGACAUCGACUAUGUUGGCUACUUGGACCCCAUUACCAUGUGGGUAUCUCGCGAUGGCGAGAAAAAGCACGCCGUGGAGUUGACUGUACAAGUCGUCGUUGACGAGAGCACGCGUGUGGUUAAGAUUGCUGAGAAGGAACUGGAGCUUAGUCUCCUGGUAAACAAGGACUUGGAGGAAGAGGACGAUCUCCAGCACCGGCGAAUGCUCUACGUAUCUUCUUUCGAUAUUGCAUUCGAGGGCUUUGGCUUUUCCUUGCUAGAUGGUUUCCCGCAAGAAGUAUUUUUCGCGUCAGUAGAUGUUAUUAAGGUGCAAAAGGCCCCUUCGUCGCUAGAAUGGACGUUUUCAGUGCUACAUUGCCAAGCGGACAACAUGCUGGCGACUGCCAAGUUUCCGGUGAUUAUGAAUCCUGUUAACGCAGGUUACAGUGAUAAGUCGGUCGGCAAAGAGCCACAGCCGUUCUUAAAGUUAGUUCUUGAUGCUGACCUCGAAGCCCGUUUGGGAACGUACAAGCUGUUUGAGUUCAGCUUAGGUGACCUGGCGGUAAAGGUGGAUAUCGAUUAUUUCGUGAACCUUGUAAAACUUCUUGAACCUUAUUUGGUGUCUGAUGCAACUAUGACUCACCGCUCAAGGCGAACGCUGGAGAAAACGCUUCAACGUCGCGCACCACCGAUGCCUGUAAUGUUGGUGACAAACGAUGGUGGCAUCGAGACAGAUUUGGUGUACUUCGAUGUCUUGCGUAUUUCGUCGUUGUCAAUUGAUAUAGAGUACUCAAUCACGCGCAAAGACAUUGUAUCGUCUACUGGUGGUGGCCACUCGGUGGUCUUCGGAUUUCUAAGCCAGAUCGUUGGCCUUGUCGGAUCAAACCUAAGUGGUUCGCCAACGUUUAACUUCAGCGAAAUUGUGAUCGUGCGCUGUCUCUCGACGAAGCAGCGACUACAGAAUCAGCUAGUCGCGAACUAUGUCCAGCAGGGCAUCAUGCAGGCGUAUCGACUUGUUGGGAGUGCAGAUAUCAUUGGCAAUCCGAUUGGGCUUGUGGAAGAUUUGGGUUCUGGUGUUGUGGAAUUUCUGAAGAUCACAAAGGGUGAACUAACUGGUGGUGCUCAAACUCGAGGUGAGGGCGUGAAGGUUUUGGGCAAGACUAUCGUAAAAUCAGGCGCGUCUUCGGUUGCAAAGAUCACAGGCUCACUCGAUAAGUUUGUGGGUGAGUUUUCGGACGACAACAAAGGCGAUACAUCCGGUGGUGAUGAUUCGUCUUCUUCGGACAAUGUUGGCGUCAAGUUUGCGAAAGACCUUGGCCGCGGCUUCACUGGUAUAUUCACGAAGCCUGUCGAGGGCGCUAUGAAAGGCGGUGUGACUGGACUGGUGCAGGGCACGGUGCAAGGCAUUGCCGGUCCUGGCGUUGUCCUGCUCAAGGGUCUAACGUCGACAUCUCACAAUCUUGCAUUGGGUGUCCGGUCUACGGUCGUUGAUCGCUCCCCGUUUGGCGGCCGCCGCCGAAAGCCGAAACUUGUUCAAAAUGGCAAGUUGAUCGCGGAGUUCGACGAAACCCAUUACAAACCAACCCUUCUGAACCUGGAGAUACUGGGUGCUAAUGGGCUGGACUCGGACAAGUCAUGUGACCCGCUAUGUGUUGUGCGAGUGGACGGUGUAGAUGUGAUGAAGACUGCGGUAAUCUACAACACCGUAAACCCAGCGUGGCAAGAGAAGACGCAGCUAGCGUUAACGGGCAAGGAGAAUGAGGUGCAAUUUGUGGUCAAGGACUCGUUUGGCGGCACCGUGGCCAAGACAAUUGGCAAGUGCAUUUUGAGCAUGGCGCAGCUCCAAGACGAUUUUAAGCCGCCCGAGUACUCGUCGGAUCUUGCUGAAUGGGUUCACACGCAGGUGAAGCCCGGAAACACUCAGAAGAACAUGAGCCAUGCGAUCGUGGAAAAGGAUUAUCCACUAGUCAUGCUGAAGAAAAACAGCUCGAAGAAGGCGAGCCAUGCAGCGUCAUUGAGUGGCGAGAAGCUCCAGGUAUUCGUUACUGUUGUAUCGUUGAGAGACAUGGUCGUCACUAGUUCGACUGGUAGUGGCAUGCUUGGGCUGGGCAACGUAGGAAGCAGCACACCCAACAUUUCCCCAUACAUCUCAGUGCACGUUGGUAAAAAAGCCAACCGCACGAAUACUACGAAAAUGUCGUUUGUGAAGAACGAGAAGAAGGAGCAGGUAGGCCAUGCGUCAUGGGGAGAAAGUUUCACGUUCUCAUUGACAGCGAAGGAGCUUCAGCGUGGCGGUGCCGACUCAAAACUGGUUGUUUCUCUAAAGGACAAGAGUAUGAUUGUGGACGCGAGACUUGGAUCGGCAACACUGGAUAUCGACGCGAGGAUCAACGCACCCGCUACGACGGAAGAGGUGGUACUGAAGGACCAGUUCAAUAAGUCGGUCGGAUACCUUACACUAAAGGUGGAAGUUUCUGGCUCAGCUACAUCGUCACGCUCACUAUCGUUUCAAUCUAUCGAGUCAACUGAAGAUAUGGCGACCAUACCACCCGAUGCAGUCAAGGCCGGCACUAUCCGCGUCUCAUGUGUGUUCGAGUAA